AGGUAUUCGUUUCAACAAUUUCUCCAACUUCUUCCAAUUUCUUCUAUUUUGUAAUCUAUUCAGCCAGAACAUCUUAAACAUGUGUUAAUUCGAGGGUUUUCUAACUUGCGAAUUGAGCACUGGAAAUAAAGAUGUGCAUGCUCAUUCCAACGCAGCGUCAUCAUCAUCAUAGCGUUAACUUGACCCUAUUCACUGUUUGAAAUCUUCUUUUCUUCAUUAAAAGAAACUUGAUCGCCUUGAAAGUGAUGGCGAAAGAUUGUCAAGCGUGACGAUUUCACCAACGGUGCUGAUACGCCUUCAUAAACAACAAAGGCCACCUGGUACCGAUCUUCCCGCAGCACGGAGUUGCUGUGCUGGGUCGCCCGCCCUCCAUAGUCGAGACAGAAAUUGCGAACGGCUUUGGAGUUUACAGAACCGCAAGGUUUGCGGAAGUGAUGAAUAAUGGUAGGACAAGAAGAGGACUGCAGAAAAGCUGGUUAACGUUCCGGUAUGAAGAACGAAAGACAAAUCGGGUAAUCCCUUUUUUUCACAAGCAGGUGACGUUGCCACCUUCUUCCGAAGGCCGAUCUGAAGGGGAAACUCGGUCACCCAUGCGGCGAGCAGUAAGAGAUAUGAUGCAGGUCGAGGUAAAUUGCAAUUGGCUCUCAGGAAAAGCGGCCGGCUCCUGAAACUGCGCACUCUGAACCUGGAUGGGCUGAGGACGAGAAGAGAAAAUGUCCACUCCUACUGCUCACGGUGGACCGAAUUAGAGGACUCCUUUUCUUCGUCGAAGGGCACUGUGUCACCGCUGUUGGGUGAUCAUGAGGUCCAGUGUACUGAUCGAAUAUCGUCAACGCUAUGGUCCCUCUGACACACAAACACAGAAGACUUGCCAUGACUGCCGUUGGGCGAAACAUCCAUCCUGGGCUCAUUCAAUGUCGCAAUCUCGACGCCUUCGAGUGGCUUUUUGUCACGGCUGUCCCAGCUCCCCUCCACUUUGCUCGCGCUCAGCGUCACCGGAAGGACUGUUCUCGUAAUCUCGAAGACCUUGCACUCUGCCCGAAGCAGCGCGCAAUUUCGGAUUCCACAUGCGGUUCUAAAGUUGACAAGCCGUGUUUGAAAAAAGUUUGUGAACGGCAUCUGUGCGCUUGUCUCUUUCCUUAGUUACGUUCUGUUUCUGAGUCAUGGCACCUGCCUCCCUCAAGCCACCACGACCUCGGCUGCCUCAACUUUGCUGCGCCGGACGCCCGCCAGCGAGCCUGCUUCUCGUAUAUGGAAGGGCGCCGUCCUUUCUUCAGGCGACGGGCGGAUAACUGGAACCGACGCGACAGACAUUUUUUCGAGAAACCUAAAAAUCUGAUGCUGGGGCUCGCUUGGCACCCCCAUUACCAUUACCAGGGAGAAAGGAAGGAAGGCACCGUCACCAACACUCGCUGGCAGGGCUGAGAUCCAGAUCAUGAUCACGACAUGAAGCUUCGGUGUCACGGAAAGCCACAACUUGGCGAGGUCGCCAAACGAGUGGGACGCCGACAGCGGAUACAUCGAGUUUCUUGAUCUUCUCGUUUCGAGAGGCAUCGGUGUGCUCCUCUCCUUGGGCCACGGAAAAUCGCACCUCGCGUCUCGACGAUUCGACCAGGUCAACAUCUGAUGGCUCAUCGGUGCACAACCGCCGGUAGCAUACCACAGUUUUCCUCCCUCACGUCUUCGCGACCGGCCACCGGAACUUCGAAGCUGGAGUUUUUUAUAUCAUUAAGAGGGACGGACAGAUUUGGGGAGAUUUCGCAACGAAGCGCGAACUUUGCGUCCUCCGACCUUUGACUUCUCCAUCGCCACUUCACAUGAUCCAGAAUGCGUAACGUUCCGAAUAUGAAACCGUACCUCGGAGUGAGAAUCGAUCGAUGCCUCACGUUGACUUUACCAAACUAGGCCGCGCAGAUUCUUUCUGCGAAGGUCUGUAAGUCGAACGCUUUGUCAAGCCACAAAUCUGCCCAAAUCUGAUGCCGUCAACCAAAAAGAUGCAGGUGACUCCAUUGCAAACCUGCUGAAUAUGUCUUUUUUUUUUAAUAAAGCACAACCCUUCAAGAUGUAUUCAAAGGACGGACCUGGGGUACGCAUUGAAAUCGCAACAUUACGGAAAGACACCAUCUAAAUAUACGGAAGGAUCAAAGCAAGUGCUUAACAUGGUGCUAGCCCCAAUUUCAUCUAGAGAUGAAAUACAUUAUUAUAACGUAAUAUAAAUAGGAUAUAU